UUAAAAGGCAGGCCAAAGAGUAGCGGCAUCGACUCGACUAGACUGCGGAAAUUUAGAAGCAGCGAAGGGAAGAGAUCUUGCCAACCACCGGUGGAGGAAAACCAUCUCCCUUGAUUAAAAGGCAGCGGCCAAAGAGUUGUGGCAUCGACUUGACUUGACCAGACUGCGGGAAAUUUAGAAGCAGAGAAGGGAAGAGACCUCGCCAACACAAAAUUUCUUCGAAACGGUAUCUCUGGCUCUCUGAUGGGCAAUUCACUCUUCAAAUUGAAGGUCUCCAUUGAUUCCUCUACAUCUGAAGAGGCUUCAAAACAAAAGGGGCUUCGGUCCAAGCGUGGGCGGAUCAAAUCUUCGAUUAUGUCAAGUCUUUUCAGAUCGGUAUCCUCCAAGUCUCCUCCCUAUCUCCCUCCUCUUUUCCCCAAUUCCUCCAUCUACUCUUCCAUUGUCUCCCUCUCCAGAUCUUCCUCCCUCCCUGUCAAAACAAUUAGAUUUACCACACAAGAAGAGGAAGCUUUGUGCCCCGAAACAGAGCGUCUGAAUAUGCCUUUCGGUUCACCUGCAGUUGCCAUCUGUCCUUCAAGAUCGAGUGCUAUGCAUACCCAGGCAUCCUCUUCUUCUUCUCCUGCAUCUCCUUAUGACGUCUUUUUGAGCUUUAGAGGCGAAGACACUCGACUGAACUUCACUAGUCAACUAUACGAAGCUCUAGUAGAAAAAGGAAUUCAUACCUUCAUGGAUAGAUGGAAUAGAUGGAGAGAAGAUGAGAUUGGUCCAGGGCUUGUCAGAGCAAUUGAAGGUUGUAAAGUAUCAAUCCCUAUACUCUCUAAAGGUUAUGCCUCUAGCAAAAGGUGCCUUCAAGAACUUCUGCAAAUACUGGAGUGCCGUAGAACCAAUAACCAACUGGUUUGGCCUAUUUUCUUUGAAGUCGAACCUAUGGACGUCAAGCGUCAGACAGGGAGUUUCAAGGAACCUUUCGAGAAAUAUGAGCUGGAAUAUGACGCUGAUAUCGUGGAGAGAUGGAGGGAAGCUUUACGAGAGCUGUCAAGCAUCGAGGGGUUUCUUGUCAAUGAGAGGGUCAAAUUUGAAACUAUUACAUUAAUUGUGGAAAUGGCUUUAGUAGGUUGUCAUCUUGUUGGAAUCAACUUCCAUAUGGAUCGUAUGUUGCAUUUAUUACAUCUGGAUUCCAUGGAUGUAUGCUUUGUUGGGAUUUGCGGACCAUGUAGAAUUGGCAAGACGAGUGUUGCAGAAGCUGUCUACAAUCGAAUAUUUAAUAGAUUCAAAAGGUCUAGUUUCCUUGCAAAUGUUAAUGCACGAGCUGGAAUACCCAUGGGUUUAGUUAGUUUACAGAGUCAACUUAUUAGUGAUACACUGGAAGUGGAAAUAGAAAUAAGAAAUGUACAUAUUGGUUCAAUGAUUAUAAAGGAGAAACUUCGAGCAGAAAAAGUUCUAAUUGUUCUUGAUGAUUUGGGAGACUAUACGCAAAUAAAUGCAUUGGUUGGUGAUGCCAAUUGGUUUGGUCCUGGAAGUAGGAUCAUCAUAGUAACCACAGAUGAGCGUAUUCUACACAGGUGUAAUGUUGAUCAAAUCUACUGGCCUGAGGAUGAAGAAUACCAAUCUUUAGGACUCGUAUCAGAACUAUUUCAGCAUUCGAUUAAUGAAGUGGAGAGAACAUCACAGAAAAUUAAAGAGGCAUUUGAAGACAAAUUACAGAUUACCAACCUCCUUCAAUACAGGAAAAUGCAAAUUGAUACUGUUGAAAAUUCUUAUUUUUACAUUAGUUUGUUUAGUUGGAAACAGUUCAAAGAGUUGACGGUUCUUGACCUUAGUCACUGUUCAUCUUUGGUCAAGAUUCCAGAUAUCUCAUCGCUCCAAUGCUUGAAGAGAUUGAUUCUUGAAUAUUGCUGUGAAUUGGUUGAUGUACAUGAAUCCAUUGGGAUGAUUAAGGGUCUAAUUUACUUGAACCUUAGAUGUUGCUGUAAACUCAUGCAACUCCAAGGCAGUAUUUUUCAGCUUGGUGCUCUUGAAAAUCUUAUACUCUCCAAUUGUGAAUCAGUUAAAAAGUUGCCGGAGUCGAGCAGUCAUCUUAAGUCAUUGGUUGAACUUUCUCUGAAUUCAACAAAAAUCUCAGAAUUGCCUGAUGAUGUAGGACUGAUGGAGAAGCUUGUGACAUUAAAUGUCAAUGGGUGCACUAACCUUGUGAAGCUUCCAAGAUCAAUGGAAAAAAUGAGGCAAUUGCAACAUUUUAACAUGUCAAGAACUAGCAUUGUAGAAUUACCAGACGAUUUUCUAAUGCUUUCAAGCUUAAAGAUAUUAGAAAUGGCCAAGUGCACAAAACUCAAAGGCUUUCCUAGCAAUAAAAAAUAUAAUUCUGGUGUGUGUUGUCUUUCUCACCUUCAGGUGCUGGAUUUGGAACACUGCAAAAGGCUUGAAUCACUUCCAGAAUUUUCCUCGACCUUACUCCAACUUUAUGUUAUGGGUUGUGGAUCAUUGCAAGUUAUUGAUUUAUACAACUUGAACAAUUUGAAGGUAUUUUUCUUUGGUGGAUGUGAUAAAAUGGUGGAUAUACCAUAUGGUUUUGAGAAAUUAUCAUCACUAGACAAGCUAGUUCUUUGUCUCAUCAAUUCUGACAGCCUACUCGCCAAUGUUCUUUCCAGCCUCAGGCAUCUGGCUUUACUGGACUGUCGAAAUCUCAAGUCACUUCCAGAGCUUCCUUCAAGUUUAAUUGUACUUGAGCUUAUAGGCUGUAACGUAUUGGAAAAGUUACCCAAUUUGUCAAGCUUGAAAAAUUUGAGGGAAUUAAAUCUUACAGGAUGCAGAAAACUUGAGGAGAUUCAAGGCCUUGAGGAGUUGAAAUCCUUGAUAUUAUAUGAUGUGACAUUGUGCUACUGCCUCACAGAAAGUCCAAUGAAGGUUCAAGGCCAGGGAACACUCAAGGAUGAAUCUAAUGAAUAUGAAUUUGGUGGUGAUAUAAUCCAUACAAAUUUUGUUAUUGGUGAUGAUAAGACUGAUAAGCGGUUGGUUAUGUGCCUUGCUUUUUCAUCCUGUCACAGCACAAUUGAUUCAUGCUUUCAUGGAGUAUCUGAUGAUUGUAUCCUACAAUUUGGAGCUUCAAUCUCCAGGAGCGGAAGGCAAAUCCAUUGUAUGAAUGAUCUCGUAAUCAAUAUUAACUUGCCUGAUAAGGAUGAAAUGUUUAUCUACAUUCACUACUUCCAGGGGUGUGAUUGGUUUGGGUUUCCAUUGCUACACGGAGAUGUCAUUGACAAACUACAGAUAUCAAGUUUUACUGGCGAGUGGAGUAUGAAAUUCUUUCACCUCUCGGUUGAAAACAUGCUUCAAACUCCCAGCCAACAACCAAGUGUUGAGACUGUAAAGGAUUUCUUCAACUGGACAGAUGAGAUUGAUAGUUAGGCACCAAACUAUCGUCCUGUACCAGUGGAUGGAACAACAUUGAUAACUCUUUCAAGAAUGAGGCGAUACUGUAAGUAAAACCAAUUGCACUGAUUGUGUCACUGCUGAUAUAUUGAGUGGUAUUGGAAGAAGUCAGACUCAGACCCGAUGGGACAAGCUAAUGAUUAAAAGAGUCAUAUUGUGGAACGAUGCUGGAAAACAUGUAAAUAUGAUUAGAUACUGUAUGCAUGCUCAGCUAGUGUAGAUGAGGCGGAUAGAUCAGUCAUCUCCAAUAAUGAUCCAAUAAGAAUCAUUUGACUCAACCCAAGUGAUGAGGGAUAAAUGAGUAAAUUAAACUCAAAACAUAACAAUAGGGUAUUUGACCAUCAAAAACUCUAUUACCCUUCUUUCUCUUGGAACGGCCAAAGAUAGAGAAUGCUCUAUGUCACUGAAGCUUCAAGUUUCAUCCUCUCACGAUCUACCGUUGCCGAGGUGAGAGAUUUGUUUUUUAUUCCAGCGAGGUCGAGGUUUGAAGUUGCAGCGAGGUCGAACCAUUUGAGCUCUACCAUCGCCGAGGUUUCACCCUCUCUCUCUCUCUCUCUCUCAACUGAUCGGUCAGAAUUGAUUUUGCAGAGAAGUAGUUGGUUGCAGCUUCUGUGUCACGAAGGCAAGUCACUUUCUAGCUUUCGUUCUUUCUUUUUCUUGCGUUUUUUGUGGAUGCAAAUUUUGUGUCAAUUUAUGCCUUAUGUCUCUCUUUGCACUCGAGUCAUCUCAAAUGGAUCAUCUGUUCUGUAAUAUUCAGCCACUGAUGUGGUACUAUGCUAGGUUCUCUUGGUAUAUUUAAGAUUCAUUAUUUUCAGCUUAGUGGUCCAUGUUCAUCUUUGGUAAGUUUUAGAUUGCCCGAAAAUGUAAUAGAUUUGGUUUAGGACAGUAGCUCACUUCAUGCAUUUUUGUUACCUGGACUAGUAUACAUGUAACAGUAUGAUGGGAAUUUGCAAGAAAUUCUAAAACUGUCAGUCUAA